AUGGGCCUUAUAGAUGUGGACAAGGUGUUGGCUGAGCUGACUCUUCACGAGAAGAUCGAGCUUCUGUCUGGACAUGAUACAUGGCGCACGAAUGCCAUUGAGAGACUGAUCAUCCCCGCCAUAACAACUACCGAUGGACCCCACGGUGCCCGAGGCACCUCGUUCUUCAAUGGACCGCCGGGGAUGCUCCUUCCAUCCGCCACCGCCAUGGGAGCCACGUUCGAUAGAAAACUUAUGCUCUCCGUCGGCAGAAUGCUUGGUAGGGAGACCCGUGAGAAGGGCUGUCAGGUCCUGCUCGCUCCAACCGUGUGUCUGCAGCGGUCGCCGCUCAUUGGACGAGGCUUUGAAGCCUUUGGUGAAGACCCCUGGCUCAGCGGCACGCUUGCUUCAGACUAUGUCAACGGCGUGCAGUCCGAAAGCGUCGCCUGUGCGAUCAAACACUACGCGGCUCACGACCAGUCGACAAUGUCGCAGGAGGACUCGAUCUGGGCAUCCGAGCGGACCCUUAGAGAGCUCCACCUACUACCGUUCCAAAUCGCGGCCAAGCAGGCCAACCCCUGGUCCAUCAUGACCUCGUACCACAAGAUCAACGGAAUCCAUACAGCCGAGCACCCGUGGCUCAUCAACCAGGUGCUCCGCGAGGACUGGGGCUGGGAUGGACUGGUUAUGAGCGACUGGUUUGGCACCUACAGCACCACCGAGGCGUUGGAUGCGGGUCUGGACCUCGAGAUGCCUGGCCCGACGAGAUGGAGAGGCCAGCUGCUGUUUUGGGCGGUGAUCUCCAAGAAGCUGAAGCAGGCAACUCUCAACGCUGCCGUGAGGAACUACCUGAACCUCCUUAAUAAGGUGCAGCCUGCCCUUGAGCAGCAGGUCGACCAGUCAACCGCUGGCGACAGCCCUGAGAAGAGAAAGCUCUGCCGAAAGGUUGCUGCGGAAUCAAUCGUUCUCCUCAAAAAUGAGAAUGGUAUUCUGCCUCUGGACGCGAAACGUCCUGGUACAAAGUACGCGCUGAUCGGUCCGGGGGUUCUAUACCCCGCGGUGAGUGGAGGUGGCUCGUCGGAUUUGAUGCCCUACUACAUCAGUAAGCCCCUGGAUGCACUCAACGAGCUCGUCGGUGCGGAAAAUGUCACGGCCAACAUUGGCUGCUACGGAUUCUAUGUCGAAUACUUUAUGCAAGAGCCGGACAUGGCCAGAGAGAUCAAGCCCCUGGCGACGACGACGACCACGCAGGCCCAAAUGUUCUUUGCCGAUAACCUCCCCGACGGGAUCAGUGAGGGUUACUGGGUAAGAGUGAUGACAACCUACACCGCAGAGGCCACCAGGCCGAUCCAGCUCGGCUUGUGUGUGGCCGGCAAGGGCCGGUUAUACAUCGACGGGGUGGAGAAGAUUGACUUGUUCAGGAGCCACCCGGAAAAGACCCUCCAAACGCCCAUGUUUGACCAAUAUAGCAUGGAGGUCACCACGGUCCUCGACGCACAAAAGGGUCAAAGCUACGAGAUCAUGGUCCUCUUGCAGAACGAGAGCCUCACGCCUAGUGUUGGUGCGCUGAGCUCAGGCGGGCUACGCAUCGGCUGCUGCGAGCAUUUCGACCCCGCCGCGAAGCUGGCCGAGGCGACUGAACUGGCUAGGACGGUGGACUAUCCGAUUGUCAUUGCGGGGCUGAACAGUGACUGGGAGAGUGAGGCGAUAGAUCGAAAGUCACUCGCGUUGGCCCCACAGGUUGACAAUCUCAUCGAGGCUGUGAUCAGGGCCAAUCCCAAUACUAUUGUUGUCACACAGGCGGGGUGCCCCAUUACCUUCCCCUGGGUUGACUCGGCCAAGACCCUCGUCCACGCCUGGUACGGUGGGCAAGAGACUGGCAACGCAAUCAUGGACGUUCUCUUUGGCAAAGUCAACCCCAGCGGAAGGCUGAGUGUCACAUUCCCCAAGCGUCUCGAGGACACACCGGCCUUUUUGUCGUUUGGCAAGCAGGAUAAGAUGCUGCACUACGGCGAAGGCGUGUUCAUCGGCCACCGCUACUACGAAAAGCUCAAGACCCCGCCGCUUUUCUACUUUGGCUACGGCCUGUCCUACACGACAUUCGCAUACCGCGACCUGAAGGUACCCCAGACGGUCGAUCUCGCCGCACGCCCGACAUUCGACGUGUCCGUCACGCUCCAAAACACGGGGACGCGCGACGGCGCCGAGAUCGUCCAGGUCUACGUCGCGGAUCUCGAGAGCUCCGUCCAGCGGCCGGUCAAGGAACUAAAGGGGUACCAGAAAGUCUACGUGGCUGUUGGUGAGACGGUGGAUGUGUCGGUGACGCUUGACAAGUAUGCAAUCUCGUUUUGGAGCCAGGACCAUGAACAGUGGCUGGCGGAGCAGGGGAGUUUUGAGAUUGUGGUUGCGACGAGCGCGGAUCCAGAGGAUGAGGUGCUGCGACAACGCUUUGAGCUGGCGGAUGAUUACCUCUGGUCUGGGAUGUAG